AUGGGGCAGGGCGCGAGCGUCGGGCGGGUCGCUGCCGCGCCGGAGGCCGUGCGGGACGCGGGAGCCCUGAACGGCGUCGAAGGCGCGAACGGCAGCUAUGAUCACCAUCUCCAGGCCCACACCGACACCACGGUGUGCCUGACUCCCCAAAACGGCGGGGGAAAGGGAGGCUCACGGCCCGGAAAGCCCAAGGGGUGGAAGAGCAAGAGCGGCACCGUCAGCCCGUACGCGACGCCGCAGCAAGGGCCUCGAGGCUCCCACGACGCGGCAGCGCGGGACGUCCCAGAUGGCGCGGAGCUGGCGAACGGGGGCGAGGAUGCCCCGUACAGUCCUGCGGCGGAGCCCGUGGCGACGGCGCAGUGCGGGUGCGGCUCCAGCCUCUCCGCGGUGUGGAACAACCACCUUCGUCCGGCGUUCUCCCCGCGGCGCAUCGAGCCGGAGCAGGACGGCGCCUCGCCCUCGGCCGGCGGAGGGGCCACGAAGCCGCGCACGCCGUCGCGCCUGGCGCUCUUCUCGCCGCGCGCGCUCGCGCAGGCCGCGAGGGACCGCCGGGAGCAGCGGAGGCGCGACCGCGAGGACCGCAUUUCCUCGGAGGGCUCCGGACCCGAGCGCAGCAACCUGUCGAUGAUGGGCGGGGCCGCGCGAAUCAACAGCUGGCGCAAGUCCCGCGCGAGCCAGAGCGAGAGCUCGUUCUCGGGCAAGGGCAGGAAGGACAAGCGGAACUCCGCGGAGGAGGUCACGCCGCGGCAGCAGUCCCGCCUGGGCCGCCUGCCCCCGCAGGCGCAGAAGAAGGCCACGGCGCCGGUGCUCAAGUCGGCGCUGAGCAACAGCAAGAUGAACGCGACCGCGGGCGUCGCGGAGGAGGCGAGCGCGCCCGCGCGCCGCGUCGGGUUCUCGUCCGCGGGGGACGUCCUCGAGCCAGCGCCGUCGACGCCGGUGCGCGGCGUCAAGUUCGCGGGCGGGGACAGCGAGACGGAGUCGCCGCGCGUGACGGGCGGCGGCGCGCGGCGGAAGGGCGUGGCGUUCGCGGGCCCGCCGUCGGACAGCGAGGCCGCGGAGGGGUCGCGGCGCGUGGGGUUCGCCGCGACGGACGGCGGGACGAGCAAGUCGGCCAGCGGGCCGAAGCGGCGCGGCGUGGCGUUCGCGGCGGACGACGACGACGACGGCCCCGGCGUGGGCGGCGCGGCGGAGCUGUUCAGCCCGCGCACCGUCGCGCGCGCGCUCUCGAUCCACGGGCGCAGCGCGGCGGACGACGACGAGGGCGGGGUGACCACGUACGAGGACGUCGCCAAGUCGAUCCGCGCGGCCAAGCGCCGCGACUUCGACGCCAUGAGUUUCAAGUCGGCCAAGACGGCCAAGUCGUUCAAGUCCACGCGGUCGGUGCGGCGGCGCGGAGGCAAGUCGCGCGUCGAGCGCGACGACGACGACGAGGACGAUGAGGACGCGAAGAGCCACGCGUCCGACGGCAGCCAGGACCUGGCGGGCUUCGGGCGCGAGAGCGGGCGCGAGAGCGUGCACUCGGAGCACUGGGACCGCGCGGGGGGGGGCCUUUCGCCGCGUGGGACUGCCGACGCGCUGGACCCUGCGCUGCGGAGCAGCGUGUCGGGCAACGGGAACGUCGACGCGAUCAUGCGCCCGAACUCGAGAUUCGCGCCGGUGGCGGUACCGAGCGGGCUGCUGCGGUGGCACAGCAACGCGGGCGACGGCGCGCUGUCGCCGACGGCGCGCGGGCCGAGCGCGUCGGGGAGCGGGAGGGACGCGGGCGGCGGGGCGAAGAAGCGCCGCGGGGUGAUGUUCAACAACGUGGUGGAGGAGUCGCCGUCGGCGUCGUCGCGGCAGGGCGAGUCGUUCACGGCGGCGGCGGGGCCGGGCGGCGCGCUCACCGAGGGCAACCUGGCGAUGAUCGACGCGACGGAGCGCCCGGUCGGCCUGCCCGGCUUCGAGAAGAAGCCGCUGCCGGCCGACGCGCGGUCGGCGCGCACGGGCGUGUCGCGGCAGGUCCGGCGCGAGAAGAACCUCAACGUCGGCGCCAUCGGCAGCCAGGUCUUCCUGAACCAGUACGCGCUCCUCAAGACGCUCGGGCAGGGCUCGUUCGGCGCGGUGUACCUGUGUUUCGACCUCUCCGAGUCGCGCAUGGUCGCCGUGAAGCGCGUCGAGCGCGAGAAGCGCUCCAAGGCGGCCUCCAAGGCCAUGGGCGGGCAGCAGGACCCGGAGAAGGUCCUGCGGCACGAGAUCGAGGUGAUGGAGCAGCUCACGCACCCGAACGUGGUGCGGGUGUACGAGGUGAUCGACGACCCGGACUCGAAGCUGCUGCUGGUGGUGAUGGAGUUCAUCCAGGGCGGGCCCGUGCAGGAGGACUUGCCCGACGGGUCGUGCGAGCGGCUGAGCGAGCCCGUGGCGCGCGGGGUGUUCCGGCAGCUGCUGCUCGGGCUCGCGUACAUCCACGGGAGCGGCGUCAUCCACGGCGACAUCAAGCCGGCCAACCUGGCCUACGACACCAAGGGGACGGUCAAGCUGAUCGACUUCGGGUCCGCGACGUUCUUCCCCGUGACGGACGAGACGCUCGACGGCGACGAGGACGGCGAGAAGGCGCGCCUGGCCAAGGGCGGCGAGGGCCUGCCCGACCCGCUGAACGGCAACGCGUUCUGGUACUACAAGGACACGCUCCAGAAGGCGCAGGGCACGCCGGCGUUUUUGUCGCCGGAGAUGUGCUGGGGCGACCCCACGUCGGGCCGCAGCGCGGACCUGUGGGCGUCGGCGGUGACGCUCUACCACCUGCUGGUCGGCGACCUGCCGUUCGGGCGCAAGAGCGGCACGGUGUUCGCCAUCUACGACGCGAUCAUCGACGACGAGAUGCGCGAGCCGCCCGAGGAGUUCGGGCUGAGCGAGGGCGCGCUGAGCCUCCUGCGCGGCAUGCUGGCCAAGGACCCCAAGGAGCGGCUGACGUUUGGCGCGGUGGUCGACCACCCGUGGGUGACGGACGACGGCAAGCUGCCGAUGCGCACGCUCGUGAUGGAGGCCGUCGAGCGCGGGCGGGUCGAGGUGGUCGAGGGCGACGACCUCGGGGACGACCGCGUGUACGGCGCGCUGGUCUCGCGCGAGUUCGGGCUCCUGGGCAAGGACGACUGGAUGGACGACAGCGAGGCCGACAGCGACGAGCUGAUGUCGGUGGAGUCCGAGAUCGAGGCGGAGCUGCGCGACGACGACGUGGUCUUCUUGACCGAGAGCGAGAAGUUCCGCGGGAUGACCAAGCGGUACCAACCCGGGGAGUACCUGUGCUGCGAGGGCGAGGAGGCGGGGACGUGCUUCUUCAUCAUUCAGGGGCAGGUCGACGUGUUCAAGCUGCGGGUCGCGGAGGAGGUGCCGCCGGACGGGUCGAGCCAGGCGGGGUCGGCGCUGUCGGCGCGGUCGUCAGCGCCGGAGCUCCCGCCGCCGCACGCCAUCGACGCCAAGCAGCUGGGGCGGCUCAUCAGCGAGGGGCGCGCGAUCCAGAGCGAGCGCAUCGACGACGCGGUGCCCGUCGGGAGCCCGCGGUUCCUGCCCGGACGGCGGCACCAGUCGAUGAACGUGAGCGAGAACCUCGAGGCGAGCGCGGCGGCGCAGCCCGCGCGGAAGUCCGCGGACAGCCGGCGGUCGCGGCGGCGGAGCAGCCUGGUCGCCGCGCAGGUCGCGGGGCUCGCGGGCGAGCUCGACCAGCUCUCGCACGAGCUCGAGGAGAAGGCCGCGGCGGAGGCGACGCAGGAGGACGGCAGCGGCGCGGGAGGGAACGCGUUCCUCGACGCGCCCGACGCCGCGGCCGCGCCCGCCAAGCCGCCCGCGAAGCUCCCGCCGAUCAAGGGCGCCCCGGCGGCCAAGGCGACCGCCCCGGCGGCGGCCAAGCCCAAGGGCAAGAGCAUGUUUGGCGCGUACAAGGUCAGCAUGGUGCCGAAGAAGGUGCCGAAGAAGAAGCCGCCCGCGCCGAAGCUGAAGCGGUACGAGUCCGGGAAGGCGUGGGACAUCGAGGACGUGGUGCCGGAGAGCGACCACAGCAGCGAGGACGACGACGACGACGACGACGAUGACGACGACGACGACGCGGCGAGCAGCAAGGGCAAGGACAAGGGCGAGGCCGGGCCGAGCGCGGGGGCCCCGGCGGGGCGCGGGCCGCUGGAGUCGGUGUCGGAGGUGCCGCACGCGGCGCCGCCGGCGGUGGGGGCGGUGCAGCCGGACUCGCUCAUCUCGCGCGCGCGGCAGUUCGACUCGGUCGACUCGAUGGCGAAGGCGCAGAUGCGCGGGGGCGGGCGCGGGGAGGCGCUGGACCGCAUGGUGAUGGACACGGUCAACAGCCUGAUGCCGACGGUGGACAUGUGGCGCAAGGAGGGCACGAACCAGUCGCACCUCGCGCGCAUGGGCCCGCGGUGCUUUGCGGGCGAGAUGGCGCUGCUAUCCAAGUCCGGGAUCCGCAGCGCGACGAUCCAGGCGGUCGGGGACGUCGAGGCGAUCUGCCUGCCGUCGGACGAGCUCUUCCAGGUGGCGCUCGCGCGGCCGAACCUGCAGGUGCACCUGAAGCACCUGCUGGCGCAGCGGCGGGCCAACCGGCGGAUGAUGGAGGCGGUGGAGGCGCUCGCGGACCUGCACCAGACGCUCAAGGGCGGCGUCGACGGGUUCAUCUUCAAGGACAAGACGCGGCCGAAGGACGCGGUGCCGACGCACCGCGGGCCCUCGCGGGUGGAGUCGAGCGUCGCGGGCGGCAAGCCCUCGGGCGGGCGCGCCAGCCGCGUGUCGCAGGCCACGAGCCACAGGAGCAUGCCCGACGAGGACGACUUCGAGGACGACGGCGACUACAGCGCGGCGCAGGAGCCGGAGGACUGGGUGGACCCGCAGGAGGCGCCGCAGGAGGCGCCGCGGGUCGCGCCGCAGGAGGCGCCGCGGGUCGCGGGCGGCGGCGUGCUGGGCUUCAUGGCGCGGACGACGGGCGGGACGGAGAAGGCGCCCGGUCCGCGGCUGGCGGUGCUGGGCGGGGCGUCGGGCGGGAACUCGGCCCGCGGGACCGAGAACGAGCGCGCGGACGGCUCGCGGGCGAUGAUGGAGCGGGUGUCGGCCGAGCUGGCGGCGUGA